AUGGAACUAGUGACAGCAACCACAAAAUCGCGUUACCAGUGUCCACACUGCCGUAAGGUGUUUCCACGCUCCGCCAACCUCAACCGCCAUUUGCGCACGCACACGGGUGAGCAGCCGUACUGCUGCAGUGAGUGUAAUCGGCGCUUCAGCAUCUCCUCCAACAUGCAGCGCCAUGUGCGUAACAUUCACCAACUCGAACGACCCUUCGUGUGUCCACACUGUGCUCGUGCCUUCGCCCAACGCACCAAUCUGGAACGGCAUCUACGUCAUCAUGCCAACGAAAAGGUCAAGCGGCUGUGA